GUGGCUAUCGCGAACGUCCACCCUCGUCUUCUGGAAGAAAAAAAAAAUCUUGUUUUUCUUCCUUUAAAAUUCGAUCCAACAACGUUAGUACCAAGUCACCAAACUCUUCGAUCAUUAUUCUAGAGUGAGAUAAAGUUAACGAUCGGCGUCAUUAAGGAGAACGCUAAAGAAGACGCUAUAGACGCUUUCUCUGUCUCUCUUUUUCUCUCUUUCUUUCUUUCUUUUCCUUCGAUUCUUUAAGAAGAAAUACAAGUGAUAAAAAGUAGCAAAGGAAAGGACAAGGACAAUCCGAUUGCGUUGCUUUUUUUUACCUUUCUCUUUUACUCUCUCCCUCUUUCUCUCUCUCUCUUUCUCUCUCUCUCUCUCUAUCUAUCUAUCUAUCUCUUUUUUAUAUUUUUAUUUGUGUCAUCCUCUUCAAGAGAAGGAAAGUUAACGUUCGAAUUGAAACGAUCGUGUGUGCUCGUAAUAGUGUUGGUUGUAGGUAGUGUUAGUGCAUUGCGCACGUGGAGUACCAAGUAUCUUUUAUUUAUUUAUUUGUUUCUUUUUUAAUCGUCUUUCUGCCGAUAUGUCGAAGAGGCAUCGUAGAUCGAUGCUCGAUCUUUCCAUUCACGGUGGAUCGAGAAAACAUGUACGUCGUUAGACUUUUUCAAAUACUAGAUUGCAAAGUGAGACUUUCUAUGUUUCGAGAAAAGAGUAUCCAUCCAAUCCAUCCAUCGCUAGAGUUCACGAAGUACGCCUGAGUUCACUCUGAAGCAUAACGUAACUGUUCUCCAGAAGAGCGCUGUGCCUCGUUAAAUUCUCUUCGAUAACGAUCUCACGAAGCAGCUCGAACAAGAGAACUCGAAAGGUUCCAUGAAGGACAAACAAACGCCGAGGGAAAGUAUACUACCGUUCUAAGCGUUGUCCGUGAGGAAAGAAAAACGGAGUACUCGAUUUAUCGUAGAUCGAUAUCGAGCAGAUUUUAAAGUAUCGUUAGGUCUUUGUAUACCUGGGGAACCUAAAGAAUCGCGAAAAAUAGAAAUCUUUUCGAUUGGAAAGGUUAGAGUGAUCGAGAAGAUCUAUAUCGAAUUGAUUUGGAAUGAAAAUAUCUUUAGAUGUCCGAGUAAAUUUGAAGAGUUAAAGAAUCAAGAGAAACAUUAGAGAAAAGUUAGAGAUCUUUUUUCUUAAACUGUACGAUCAUAGUUUGUCUAACGAGAGUGUACCAUGAUCGUUUCGUGAUCGAUGAUUCAUAGAGCGAAACUUGGACGUUUCAUAGACUCAUCCCAUACAGGGAAAAUCAUUUUUCGUUGAUCCUAGCCAGAUGAUUCUUACGAAGAUGAAUCUUUUUUUAUUGGUAUUCUCAAUCUCGAUUUUUACUAUCCUCGUCGAUGGACAAUUACGAGAGAGUACCGAACAGAACUCGAUUUAUUACACGGAACCUGCAUUGGUUAACUCGAAUAACACUGGGAACAAUUACGACGGAUUUACCGAGUUACAUGGUGUUAGAAUCGUAAGAGGACAAAAAGUGUUGCAAAGAGUUAAGAAUCCUUACUUGAUCAGAGAGGAUCUUUUCGUUGAAAAAGAUGGAGAAUUACUUAUUGAAGCUGGAGUCGAAAUACGUUUUGGUCCCAUGGUUGGAAUCACCGUUCGUGGCAUCAUUACUGCAAAGGGAGAGCCAGAAGCCCCGAUCGUAUUUACUUCAGCGGAAAUGGGCAUCGAAUCGACACCUGUUGAAUCGCCAGCUAUCGUACGGCUGGUUGAUGGCCCAUCUCCGUUGGAAGGAAGAUUGCAACUAUUUCAUCAAGGUCAAUGGCGUUCCGUUUGUACCAAUUCGCGAAAUUGGACUCGAGCAGAUUUAGAGACAGCGUGUAGGCAUCUUGGUUUUCAAGGUGGCCGAUGGUGGUCCUGGAUCGAUCGUCAAUGGCCAGCUAAACCACGUUUAUUAUAUGAACAACCACGUUGUCGUGGAACCGAAUCUUUUCUGACGCAUUGCGAGGGUUGGUCCGAGAGACAACUCGGUGGUGGAGUUUGUGACUAUCAUCUGGAUCUUGGCUUAUCUUGUUUACCACGACAUGAUGGAUCCACCAAAGCUAUUAAACACUGGCGUGGUAUUAGAUUUGAAGGAGCUCUUUACGAUCGACCAUUGAUUCAAGAAAAUACUCUCUAUGUAAGAAGAUCUAAAUCAAUUCUACGACACGUGAUCAUCCGUUACGCUGGUACUGGUAGAGAUUAUAACGUUACAUCGGCAUUAGAAGUCGAUGGUGUUCCACCUCGAAUGGAAUCGAUAUCUGUUCUUAACUCUGCUUUCACGGGUAUUAAUGUCACUACACCUGAAGCUCCUGUUGUGUUAACUAAUUGUACCGUGAAAAGAAAUAAAGGCUAUGGAAUUUACGUAAAUAGUUCAGACGGUAUGGCACACAUAGAUGAAUGUUCGAUACAAGAGAACGGAGCAGAUGGAAUAAAAUAUAUUCACCAUGACGAAAGAACGGAAGAUAAGCUGGAUAGGACAGGCAUUUUUGAUUUGUGUACUUUCCCAAGUACAACUAGUCAAACUUUUCCAGUGACGAUAUCCAUGGAACAAAGUAAAUAUACACCCAACACGAAACGUUGUCCACAACAUAUUUUCACACGGCCGGGUCACGUUCUGACUCUACACUUUUUACAAAUGCGAACGGACCGUAACGACAGUGCAGUUAUUGAGGUUUACGAUGGGAUUAGUGGCACGGAAAAAAUGUUAGCUAGUGUUAGAAUCAGAAAUAAUACGUUGCCUCAAAGUGUCACGUCUACUAGACAAGAUUUGUAUAUUAAAUUUAUUGCCCAGCCACGUACAAAUACGAUUGCUUUCGUCAGAUUAUCAUCAGGAUACAAAAAAACAUAUGAUCUCAACGUGACAGGUAGUACAAUUGCAAGUAAUAACGGUCGUGGUAUAGUAGCAGAAAAAUUAAGAUCGGCUCUUCACAUUCAUGAGACGUCAAUAUCUAGUAACGAACAUGCCGCUGGUGUACAUGUGUUAUAUGGUACAGCGGAUGUCAAUGUAACAGGCAGCCGAAUUUCCUUUAAUCAAGGAGACGGUAUAAAUAUCACCGUUACCGGUGGAAACCGCAACGUAUCAAGAACAAGCAUUUCUUCUAACAGUGGAUAUGGAUUUGCCGUGUGGCUUAAUGAUAGUUCAAGCACGGAGUACGUCUAUUUCAAUCAAACGACUGUGGUUGAAUAUUCACAGAUAUUUCGUAACAAGGAUAUAGGUGUCUUGGUUGGUAAUUCAACUGGAGAUUCUUAUGUUAAUGUGACAGGCAAUUCGUUUAAUACCAGCAUGGAUACAGCAUUGCAAGUGGAAUCCAGUUGGAAAGUAAACGAAGGAACGUUGAAGUUACAAAUUGGUCAUAACUCUUUUGUGCAAAAUAAAAAAUUAGGUAUCAAGUUGAGCCCAGCACUUAACUUAAAUGCUUUCAUCGAGUACAAUCAAUUCAGGGAACAUUCUAAUGGUGGAAUAUUGAUUAAAAAUCCACUUUACGAAAUUUUUAAUAUUCUACCAACAAACAUCACUAUCAGAUACAAUGAGUUCUAUGGGAAUCGUGGUGCUUUCGUUGUUAGCAUCGGUCUUUCACCUUACAGCGACGUACAGAAUUUAUUAUUUACGAAAAACUUCUUACGAGAGAAUCGCGUAAGAGAAUUAUUUGAUAAUGGCGAUGUUGUAACGUCCAGACUUGUUCCACGUUCUCGAGUAGCCGCUGUUGUUGUCGUUUCUUCGAGCAAUGUGAAAGUUUUUCGUAAUAUUCUACAUAAUCCCGAAUCGCCUUACGAGAUUGGUUCGCAUUUGGAAGAUCAAAGUAAGAUUAUAAAUUGUACGUUCAAUUGGCUCGGAUUUACGGAAGAGAAUAAAAUAUUUGAAAGACUGUUUCACAGAAAAGACAGAUAUACUCUUGCUAAGAUCGAAUAUAUUCCUUAUCUACUUCAUAGUAGCAAUCCUGGUGCAAAUACGAUUAUCUCGAAUCCAAUGUUCGUUCCAAGAUUUGUAACACCCGAUACAAAUUUGGUCGGUGGUGAAGUCGACGGUCAAGAAGUAUUAAAACCAGGAGAGUACAUCGUAGAACGUGAUAUCAACGUGAGACCAGGUGGCAAGUUGGUGUUACAAUCUGGUGUUACUUUACGUUUUCCUCCAGCUGUAGGAAUGAUGGUAGCCGGUCAAUUGGAUGCACGUGGAAAACGGCCAAGCGAUAUUCGGUUUACUUUGAAGGAAGAUAUUUCUAUGGAGUCACAGAAUUCUAGUAUCUUAGAAGAGACACCUCAAUCUUCUCCAAUGGAUUCUAUACCAGUGAGAUUGUUAGGAGGUAAAACGAAUUUAGAAGGAAGAUUACAGGUUCGGAUAGGUGAAAAAUGGGGCACCGUUUGUAAUUACGGAUGGACAAUUCUCGAUGCAUCCAUUGUUUGUCAUCAACUAGGCCUCACGCUUGAUCCAGAUAAUUGGUUCAUAGAACGCUCGCAAAUUCCCAACGCAGGAAUCAACGAGGACAUCCUUCUUACGAACGUACGUUGUACCGAGGGUGACAACGAUAUUUCUAAAUGUAGAGCAGAGACGAUAGUAGACUUUGAGAAUUCUUGUACACACGAUAACGACGUAGGUGUAAGAUGUUCCGAACCAGCAUGGGCUGGUUUAAGAUUAGGUCCUUUGGCUCAGAGAAGCGAUUUACAAUUCGUAACUAUCGAAAAGGCUGGCUUGUUGGAUUAUACUACGAACUUGUUCAAGUCAGCUUUACAAAUCGACUUCGCGAGACAUUCGUUGGAAGGUGUGAAAAUUGUUAACAAUCUCCAAGAUGGCUUGGGUAUUUUAUAUUCUGACAUAUAUUCAGCCGAUGCCGUAAAUACAAUUAGAAAUUGCGAAUUUUCUCAAAAUGGUGGAAGCGGUAUAAGUUUCAAGCAACUUGGCAUGCGCGUGAUCAAUUCUAGAAUAGAAAAUAAUAAAGUAGCAGGUGUUAGACACAAUCCUGCUUUAUCUGCCGUUCAACAAAGAGAGUUGGCUGGGUGGUUUGCUCGUUUACCAGAAUAUUCAACAGAAUCCUCAUACGAUCCAAUAAUUAUACCACAAGCUGACACGAAAAUUAAUCUUGAUAAUUGGCAGACCAAAUAUAUCAUUACCGAUAGAGUGAAAGGCGAGUCGUUGCAUCAGUUUAUCGAGAUCACGUGCACUCCUGGUUAUGUCAUUGGUAUACAAUUAUUAAAUCCGAUAGAAAAUCGCAGUACGGAAGAGAUUACAAUACACGAUUCGCAAGAUAUUUAUCAGAAAAGAAACAUUUGGCACAUGAAACGUAAUCUAACAAUUUUUCCUGUCGCCUCUAGUUCGUUUGCUGUUAUAUUGGAAUACGAGAGUGGUGAAAGUGCUCUUGGAGGUGCCGUUAUAGUAAUUUCAUCGUUAUUAGCACCAGUUCAAAACACGAAAAAUAAAAUAAUCAGUGGCCCAAUACCUUCGUUGAUCGUAUCCAAGACAAAAAUCAAGGGUAACAGAAAAGGUGUAUUAGCUUCUUAUUACAAUCGUUAUAUAGACGAAGUUGGUGAUCAUUUUCUACGAAAGGCCAACGAGACCAUACAAUUUAUCGGCUGCGAAAUUUCACACAAUCAAGAAGAAGCGAUUUACGUUCAUUCGCCUCAUUGGAACAUUUAUGAGAUUGACUUAUCCGAGAUCGCUAUUCAUUUGAACGAUACUUUGAUCACCGAUAACGGGAAAGGAAUAUCACAGUUCAGUCGUGACGCAAGACACUCGAAUAAUCUCUUUCAUUGGAUAAUGCAGGAUAGUACGAUCGAAAGAAAUCGUGCUGGAGGUUUCGAAGUCACUUUGCCGGAUGUCUGGCAAUAUAAUGAAAAUUUCACUCAUACUCUUUACUUCGAUAACAAUACUUGGCGUGACAACGAUCAGUUUAGCUUCGUGAUCGAUGGACAUUUUGCUACGUUGAACGUGUCACACAAUCGUUGGGAUGGAAAUCGUUGUAAAAACGGUCUGAUAUCGAUUCGCGGUAUGGAGAAAAAAAUAAAGAUGAAUAACAAUAGAAUCGAAGCUAACAACGGUGCCUACAUGGUGGAAUUCAAGGCCAACAGUCAAUCAGAAAUUUUGGGUGACGUUACUGCACGUUUUUAUUUCAAUGAGAUCAAACGAAAUCGACACGAUAAUUAUGCCGUGGGAUCACGUAGAUCUUACGAUGGUCCUAGUUACGUAGUUGGUUUUCACGGUAUACAAAAGGUUCGAGUCAAUAGAAAUCUUUUUGGCGAUAAUUCUAUGGAUUACGAGCUUCUUGCUGGUAUCAGAACUGCGAAGAUUAAUAAUGGAGUCGAUGUUUCCGAAAAUUGGUGGGGUACUUCCGAUGAUGCUGUUAUCAGACGUAGGAUUUUUGAUUUCGACGAUUGGAACAAUCACGCUGUAGCCAAUUAUCGACCCUACUUGAUGAGCGACUCCUUAGACGCAUCGAUUUCAGCAUCAUGGCAAAUCGGAGUGGAAGUUAAUUUGGAUAACUUGGGUGGUCGAAUAAUCGAAAGUUUAACGUUGUAUUCGAGAACGGAACCAUACGUGAUCAAAUCCGAUCUAACUAUCAUGCCACAAGCUACAUUACAUAUUCAUCCAGACGUGAUCAUGGAAUUUUCACCUAACGUUGGUAUUUUGGUACUGGGUACAUUGAAAGCUAUCGGCAUGCCUGGUCAUGAAAUCAUUAUGAGACCUAUCAAACGUAAUGCUACGGUUCCAUUAUCAGUUAUUCCAAUAUCAGCACCUAUGAGAACUUCUAACAAACUUGUUUCAAUGUCUGACGAUAUGAUUCGCUUAUGCAAAGAUACUCGUUGCUCUUCUUCUUAUAACGAAGGAUUCGUAGAAGUUUUUAAUAAAACGACACUACAAUGGAUUCCAAUUUGUGACGAACGUUUCACUGAACGUAACGCUCAAGUAGCUUGUCGACAACUCGGUUAUGAUUCUUUAAACGUAUAUGUGUCAUAUGAUCGUAGAUACGAAUUACAUCCUGGCUCAUUGACACGUGUCUGGUCUUGGCCAGAACCAUUACAAUGUUCUGGAAACGAAGAGAAUCUCGAAGAAUGUCAAAUCCGAUUGAACGGUCAAUUCUUUGGACAUCGACACGAAUGCCAUUGGGAUGGACAAUUCGUUUUUCUUCAUUGUGGUAAAAGAAACAUUGCCGAUGAUUAUGAUUAUUGGGCUGGAAUACGAAUAGCUAAUAGCGAAUUUGAACAUCAUCUUUAUGAACAUCGCAUUCAUGAUGUUGUCACUCAUGAAACAAUUAGAAGGGUUGAAUCUGUAUUGAAGUAUAUCAAUAUCACUGGAGCUGGUAUUUUGCAUAAUGAAAAAUCUGCUGCUUUGCAAUCGAUCAUGAAAUCACCUACGAUCAUGCACGUUAAUAUAGAACGUAGUGCUUAUCAUGGUAUAAAUGUUAUAUCACCGACUCAUACAGUCGACUUGUUGUUUAAUACUAUUAAGAAUGUUCUUGGAAAUGGAGUCAACGUACUUUCUUUAACUGGCGAGGGUCGGGAAGCUGAUGAAAGUUCAUUCACACCAAUCAAAGAUCUAAAUGUUCCUUAUCAUUUGUUCAGUAUGAUCGAUAUUUGUGAUACUGCAAAAGAAAUAACGAUUGAGGAACGUGUUAUUAUAUACUAUAGAUAUGAUAAUCAUCCAGUGAAUUGCGUGAAGAUUUUCCGUAGUCCUUAUAGAACCAAACCAUUUGGUUUCAGACUUCUACAAUUCAAUCUUUUUAAUUCCACUGGAAAGCCAGGUCGAGCAGAUGGUAUCACUUUGUAUGACGGAGACAUUUACAAUGUUACUGCUAAAGUAAUAGGUCAUCUUGAAGUUGACAGUCCUCACGAGAAGAAAUUGUUUAAAACUCGUGAACCAAGUCUCAGUGUACGACUUUUCGCAAAUGGUGCAAGUAACACACAUGGUUUUAUUGCAGAGAUUGUGACUCUUCCAAUUUCUGCUAUUGGCUUCAAUCGAGAUGUACAACACAAUAUCUCAUAUUCAGUUAUUUCCAAUUGUCGAGAAGGUGCUGUUAAAUAUGCAAGUGCUGGCGAAGUAAAUGCAAUAAUGACUCUUGAACGUAAUCAAUUCACAAAUAAUUGUGAAAAACUUUAUGGUAACUUUUCAACUUGUAAAUCAGCGAUAUGGUUAGACGUUCAGAAUACACAAUCAUUAUAUUUUAGAAAUAAUUUGGUGCGUCAAAAUCAAGGUGGACUCUCCAUCCGAGCUGACUCAAGAGGAUCUGCUACUUCUUUGAAAGGCUGGAUUCAUAAUAAUCUUUUUGCAGAGAAUUUUAAUAAACCUGCUCUAUACGUCGAAGGUCGUCACAGUAGUCCUUAUCAAGAGAUAACGAUAUACAGAAAUUACUUCACGAAAAAUAAUGCUCCCUAUUGUAACAAUAUCGUUUUGAAACAAGUGGUCAGCAAUAUGAGCUUAAAUUAUCUUCAUGCUAAUCUUGGUUUACAUCUUCUUGAAAUUUCGGGAUUCGAACGUGUACGUUUACCGAUAUAUCAAAGCACUUCUCAUAAUGGAUUCUAUAAAAACUAUGCAGUUGAUCGAGAAGGACGUAGUACUAUUAUUGCUGGUACUCCAGGACAAAGAUAUGUUGAUAACGUUUUCUUUAAUCCUGAUAACGAUUAUGAAAUACUUACUAUAAAUAGAUCACAGGAAUUAGAAAUGUGGAGAUCUCAUGUAGAUGCUCGUUACAAUUGGUGGAGUUACAACGAAACCUUGGCCGUAGCUGGAAGAAUUCGAGAUCGUGGUGAUUCUUCAGAAUUGUUACAGGUUGAUUAUCAACCUUUCCACAUGAACAAUAAGUCCGUGUUAAGUGGUAAAUGUCCACCUGCUUGGGACUUAGUUGGUGAUACUUGUUACAUUUAUAUCGGUGCACCUAUGGACUUUUACAGUGCACGUGAUUUUUGUCGAGCAGCAAACGCAUCGAUGCCUUUCAUCAUGGGUGAUUAUUUAGAACUUUGGAGAUUUUUAAAAAAACAACAAGAACGUUUUGAUUAUUCUGAACGUGUUUGGGUUCAACAACUCGAACGUGUUGAUCAAUGUACUAUUUUUACCUAUCAAACUAUCGAGGUAGAUUAUUGUGCUCAACCUAAUCCUUUCCUCUGUGAAAUUGAUCCUAAAGUUUACAUCGAUCCACUCUCAUGGAGAAAGGAUAUCGUUGCUGUAGGAGUAUUGGGAGCUUUAGGUGUAGCAUUGGCUUUGUUAACAGCUGCCAUUGUAUUAUGGGUGUCUAAAUCGAAAAAACGAAAACUCGAACGAUUAGAAAGGCGAAAUUCUAUUCGUCAAUCUUUGCAUUCUCUACGGUCAGUUGGUUCAACGUCUGGAUUUACAGAAUUGGCUUAUCGGCGAAAACCUAUUGCAACGAAACAAUCAACAGACACAUUAAACUCCAAAUCGUUAGAUUACAAAAGGAUGCUUAAUGGUGGAAGUAUAGACUCCAUGGACAAAUCUCAAUUAAAUUCUUCCAUGGAAGAUAAUCAAAGUUAUGACGUAUACGAGGCACAUAAUCCACGAUAUUCUCCAAGUACAAGUGACUUUAAGAAUACCGUACAAACUUACUCUACUGCACAAAGUACAGAAAAUCCAGUAUUCGACUUGACCUAUCGUAACGAAGGCUUUCGGAAUCAUUCAACAUUUGCUUCAAGAAACAACAGUGACUGGCCAUUGGAUAGUACCACUGAUGCUGUACCUGAAAAUAGUCAAAACACUGAUAAUGUUAACGAAAGUUCUUACCUCAACAAUGCUUCUACGUUACCUUUACACUCGAGUCUAGCCUUGACAGAUUCCAUGAGUGAAUUAAAGCGUGACAUUGAAACUACAGCUGGUUAUGGACAAGUGGAUUAUGAUAAAAUUCGUAACUACGAUACAGCAACUUUAACACCGAGUCAAGCAUCCGAACCUGUUCCUGAAUAUCCAUCAGACUUCAAUCCUCCUCUUCCACCUCAUCCUUAUCAUUAUGAUCAAGAAAGUCGACCAAGAAGCGAAGCUCUUCUCGAAACAAAUUUAGAUAUCGGCGAAGAGAAACCUCUUCGUUCCAAGAGCGAAGUUUUAUUAGAAACAAAUCUCGAUUCGUUUUUGGUAAGUGAACCAACCGAGCUGACUCAACUCUCAGCUGGUGCACGAAGCAAGAGUCAACCUUUGGAGACAGCUAUGUAGAAACUCUAAUCGAGUCAUCUAUUCGCGAAUUUACGCGAGAAUAUGAGACUGUAAGAAUUUUGUUACCUCGUUUACCUUACGAAUAACACGUUCACUAAAGCUUUCACAUCGAACGAAAGCAUCUUAUCAAACGUUGGUACUUGAGUAAAAAAAAAAAUCUUUUCGUGUGAUCUUCCUCGAGUGAAAAUGCGGUGCAAUAUAACAAUUGCAUUUUAUAAAUGAUAAUAAUAAUAAUAGUAAUAAUAAUAAUAAUAAUAUUAAUAGUAAUAAUACAAUUAUAAAGAGAUCUCAAUACUCGAACGUCGUGUUGUACCUUUGAUCCUGAUGAUUUAGGAUCAACGAACGAUCGGAUUUUCGCACGAAUACAUAGAUUUGUGCAAUGUGCCUUGAACUCUCGCACAGAAAUUCUUUUUACUCCAAAGAAGACUUUUUUUCCUUGUUAGCUGAACUUGAACUCUUUUCUCUAUGAGUUUAUUAUAUCAAGCAUACUUGUCGUUUUCUGAUUUAGCGAGUGAGUCGAACAAUGUGAAUGAUGAUACAAACGUUUUGUUUGUUAAUAAUCAUCGAAUAUAUAUAAUUUGUUAUCAAUUAUUUAAGAUUAUGUUUGAUUAUUUUUAUUUAUGAUCUAACCGAACAAUGUCAAGAAAUUAGAUUACAAUCGUAUCUGACAAAUAUGUGACGUUUUUAAAUCAAACGAUCGAUUUAUAGAUUGACACCGUAUAUUAACGUCUACGUAAAAGAAUUUAUGUAAACCUACGAUGAUUUUAAUACUGCCAAUCAUGCCCAAAAGAGUUCUGCCUUCUCGAUGAGUGAGAAACUCGCCUAAGUAGUCCAAAUUGUGAUACAUAAACUCGAGCGAGUCUAAAGUAGUAUACACUCUAGGUUUAAUUAUUAAUUGUUAAUUCACUCUUCGUUAUAUCAUCAAUUAAGAAAAUGAUUCAUUGAACGAGUCUAUUGUUAAGAAGGACUAUAUCAUUCAAUGCAAAAUUAUGACUAUUUUUAACGAACAAAACUGAUAGGAUAGACUCGAUUGGAAAUAAUCAAAAUUUUUUCUUUUAAUGAAUAAGUUUAAAAAUUUUAUACAUGUUUUAUAUAAUUUUAUAUAUAUGUGUGUGUGUGUGUGUAGAUAUAUAUUUGAACUUAACCGAAUCAUUUAUUCGAUGUGGUCCUUCUUAAACAAAAUGAUGAUCUCGUGAAAAAAAAGAAACAUCAUAAAUAUUAUAACUAAAUAAUCCGUCCGUUUGUUAUAAGUUUAUCUUGUGUGUAAAAGCACAAAUUUGAGCGAGAAUUAUCUUUCUACGAGAGACAUUAUAUAUAUAUAUAUUUUAUAUAUAUAUAUGUAUAUAUAUGUGUGUAUAUAUAUAUGUAUGUAUAUAUAUAUAUAUAUGAGGUUCAUUUCAAAUAUCUUCCUUAAAGUGAAACACAUUUUAAAGUAAAAAAAAGUCACAAAUUUUUCAAAUGAACCAUUAUAUAUAUGUAUACUAUAUAUAUAUAUAUAUUAUAUAUAAACAAUUAAAUAUUAUACAUAUAAUUAUAAGAUAAUAGAUUAACACAAUGAAGUUAAACUUCAUUCAUUUCUUUCUUUUUCUUUUCUUUUUUACAAUGAAACAGCGAUAUAACUAUAAUUGUAUUACUUCCACGAAACUUACCUUUUACCUCUAUUUUAUAUAUGUAUAUGAUUCGUAUUAAUUACAUAUAUUUAUAUAUCUAUAUAUUUUUUCUCGAUUCGUGGAUUUUCACUAUGCAUGUGUAUGCACGAAAAAAAAAAUAAGAACAAAAAAUCGAGCUAAGACAAAUGAACAAACAAUAAAUAAAUAAAUAAAUAAAUAAAUGAGAUUUUUGCAAUGAACAUUAGAAAGAUCUAUGUAUAUAACUUCAUUUCAUCCUGUCAAUAUGGUUUAUGGUAUAACAAGAAAAAAUCAAAUGCUUUCAAAACAAUAUCGAAUAUAUUAAUAUUAAUAUCGUCAAUAUAACAUAAUUAUAUAAAUAUCGAAUUCAGGUUACUAUUUUAUCGUCGCCGUCCUGGCUGAGGCUGUAAACGAAGAAGGAGAAUUGGCGAUGAUCAUUUCGAUUUGACGAAAUCGCAAAUUAUUUGUGCGUCGGUGAUUACGAGAAAGUGGUCUAAGUAAAAAAUUUUUGAAUAAAAUUUAUUUAUUGCAUAAUUCGUAUAAUUGGAUUAUCGCUAUUACGAAUUAUGCAAUGAACGAUUUUUUUAUUUUUUUAUUUUUUACCUAGAUCACGUUUCUACAAUCACUGGCUCAUUUAUAUGUAGAUGAUAGAGGAUAUGCACUAUGUGCGACGUUAUUUAAAUUAAAAAAAAAAAAACAGGGCGUAGAAAGAGGAGAGAGAGAGAGAGAGAGAGAGAGAGAGAGAGAGAGAGA